GCCUUCGUUUUCCACUCCAAAACAUGGCGUAAUUGUGCAGAGAUCCAACCAUACUUCAGUUCUGCUGUCACUAUUUGAGAGGAAGAAGCUCGAGAUCUGAGCAGUUCCAUAAUACCUCAACUAGUUAAAAAGAGCUUAGACUACACAGAAAGGGCUACAGACAUGGAUAAGAUGAAUCAGGCCUUUGAGAAGAUGAAGAUGUUGGUGGGUAUGGAGGUUGAAGACGAGCAACGAGCUGCCGAGGAAGAAAGCUCGCUCUCAUUCAUGGAUGACCUUAAUCGCAAUUGCGCUUUAUCUACCAAACAGAGAUUCUAUGGCUUUGCGAUUUGCUUGUCAGCAGGCUUGGCAUGUACUCUUUUGUCAAUGCUUGUUUUCUUCAAUCCAGUCAAGUUUGGCAUCACAUUCACUCUGGGAAAUUUGAUGGCACUUGGGAGCACAGCAUUCCUUAUAGGCCCACAACGGCAGGUGACGAUGAUGCUUGACCCAGCUCGUAUCUACGCCACGGCUUUGUAUCUAGCAAGCAUUAUCAUUGCCUUAUUUUGCGCUCUCUAUGUUCGUAACAAGCUGCUCACUCUGCUGGCUAUCAUUCUUGAGUUCUCUGGUCUAAUUUGGUAUAGCUUGAGCUACAUCCCUUUUGCAAGGACCAUGGUCUCAAAGGUCUUCAUGACUUGUUUCGACACCGAGUUUUAAGCAGAGCCAUAUACACAUGGACUCAACAAUUUUUCGUCCCUCAACAAUUGUGCUCUGUUUGAACGAUUGGUCGGUCUCCUCCAAAUGUAUUCAAAGCUUGACUUGUUUGAUGCACCAAGAACACUAAAAGCGCUAGUAGUCCACCUAUGGCUUAUCUUUGAGCUCGUUUUGGUUUCUACUUGCUCUUUCUGAAGAUGAAGUUCCUGUCUUCACAAAUCCUACUACAGUUUUUUGUAUAUUAUGAUGUGGAAUUUAACGUAGAUUGGGUGCGGUAGCUUUCUCCCUUUUUCCUUCUUUGUUGAGUUUCUUCCCGGAAUAAUAAAGUAUAUCAACCAUC